GGGCCCUCAACGUUUUAAAUAUAUUUUGAUAUUUUUUCCAAGACUUAUUGAAGUAGAAGUGAUAAUACACAAAAUACCUACAACUUUAAACAAACAAGAAGUUUUGAUUGCAAAAAAAUACUAAAUUUCAAACCCAAGCAUCCAACAAUGGCCAAACAUAAAUCCGGUGCUGAAUGGGAGAAAAUUGCCCGCGAUAUUGUGGAUGACGAGAAAGAAGAAAUCGAAACUCUAGAAGAUUUGGAAGAAAAGAUGCGAAAAACACCCAGGGGUAUGUUCGUCAGCGGUUGGGAUGAUCCGGAUGACUUGAUUGAGGAAGACAAAGAUCCGACAGCAUCAUUAGAGCGAUUAUUUUUAUGGGCCGCCGGUGAAGACAAACUAGAUAUAGUUGAAGAGGUGAUCGCUAAAAAACCAUCUGUGAUCACUGCGAUUGACGACGACGGCUACACGGCGUUGCACAAAGCAUGCUACAACAAUAGUCAAACGAUGGCUGAACUACUACUUCAAAACGGUGCUGAUCCGAAUGCUCGCACCGAGCUCGGUUGGACUCCGCUGCAUUCAGCCUGUAAAUGGAAUAAUGCAGAAUGCGUCGCACUACUACUUCAGCACGGUGCCGAUAUAAACGCUGUUUCACAGGGGGAUCAAGCACCGUUACAUAUCGCUGCCUCGGUAUCGAAUAGUAGAAGGACACUUAUGACUUUGAUGAUGGACGAAAGGAUAAAUCCAAACCUGAAAAAUAAUUCCGGAGAAACUGCUGCCGAUAUCGCGAGAAGAAGUGGACAUUUGUUUCCAAUGUUCAAGAUGGCUCAGUCAGCGUUAAUGGUAGAAACGGGAAUUUUAGAUUAGUUUAUAUUUUUGUAGUUUACGUUAUGUGAUAACAUUAAAAAAGGCCUCCAAGGUUUAAAUG